AUGAACGAUUAUUCUGAGAAAGUAAAGAAAGGCUGUACUCCCAAGAAAGAAAAAAAGUGCAACAGGAAAACCCAAGAAAGUACAGACCGUGUACAAGAUGGCAGGAGACCAGCCGUCAAAAGAAAAGCCAGUCCUGAACCUCAGAAACCCAAAAAAAGAGCAAGGGUCUCUGAGGUGGCUGAACCUUCCACAAGUUUUCAGAAGGAGCCCAAGAAAUUUCAAAAUGGAAAGAGGAGAGUCACAGAAGAUGGAGAGGGCCCUUCAAAUCCAUCCAAAAAGAGAAAACUUUUUGAUAAUCUAUUACACGAUGAGAUGUCUUCUUCAGUGGACAGUGAGUGCAACAAGAAAACCCAAGAAAGUACAGACCGUGUACAAGAUGGCAGGAGACCAGGCAUCAAAAGGAAAGGCAGUCCUGAACCUCAGAAACCCACAAAAAGAGCAAGGGUCUCUGAGGUGGCUGAAACUUCCACAAGUUUUCAGAAGGAGCCCAAGAAAGUACAAAAUGGAAAGAGGAAAGUCACAGAAGAUGGAGAGGGCCCUUCAAAUCCAGCCAAAAAGAGAAAACUUUUUGACCAUCUAUUACACGAGGAGAUGUCUUCUUCAGUGGACAGUGCUGCAUUUGAGGCAAAAUAUGUGGAGGAAAGUCCACUUGGUGAAGGAGGUUGUGGAUCUGUUUUUGCAGGUCAUCGGAAAGCAGACAACAUGCCAGUAGCCAUCAAACACAUUCCAAAGGACAAAGUGUACUGCAAACAUAAAGACACGGAUGGAAGGCUACUUUCGGUGGAAGUGGCAGUUAUGCAGAAGCUUGGAAUGACAGAUCCUGCUUCAGUGGGGAGUUCAGCCCCAGUGUCCCUGCUGGACUGGUAUGAUUUCCAGCAGGAGCUGAUUCUUGUGCUCGAGAGGCCAAUGCCUGCUGAAGACCUCUCAAGCUACAUAGAAAAAAAUGGAGGUUCCCUCGAGGAAGAGGAGGCAAAAGUUAUCCUUAAACAACUGGUUGAUGCAGCAAUACACCUUAAAGAGAAAAGCAUCUUCCACAGAGACAUCAAAGUAGAAAAUAUCCUGAUCGAGACCAGCACAGACGUCCCACGAGUUCGACUCAUAGACUUUGGAUUGAGCUGCUUUGUCAAGACAAAAUCCAGAUAUAGAGUCUUUUAU